GUGUAAAACAUUUUGUGGUACAUUGGAUUAUCUUCCACCAGAAAUGGUUGAAGGCAAAGAAUAUGAUGAAAAGAUCAACAUUUGGUCACUUGGUGUUUUGUGCUAUGAACUUCUGACUAGUACCAUAUUAUUUGAAGAACCUGGUCAUAUUGAAACAUAUAAAUGA